ACCACAUUGUGUUCGUUUGCGGUAUUAAAACGUCUACAGACAAGUGCUGGUAACACAUCGGAUUUAUCGGUUUCGUUGACUGGACUGACAUCGUCAUCGACGCGCUCUAGCCAAGAGUUGUCUCGAUAAAGGGAUUAGCUGGCUGUAGUUUCAUUUGUUGGGUAUUUUGGCGGUCCCUAUCUUUGAAUAGUACAAAAGACCACUUAUCCUGUUGCAAUGAUUUGGGAAGAUUCCGUAGCGGAGCGGUUAGGUUAAAAUUAAUGAUGAAUUGUGCCUAGAUUCAGUGUGCUUCGCCUGUCGCUGUCUGUGGCAAUUAAAGUGAACCCGUCUAUUUGUCUGGUGAAGUGUACUCGGCUUCAUACGUGUUUUCAGGGGAUUCAAACGGCUUCGUUAACGGUUUGAAUUAGUCAUCUUCGGACUGGUAAAUCAUUCUAGCUGUCCUAUUGUACUGAGAAAUUUGGGUUUUUUUUCACUAUUUGCAAAAAUAGAAUAUUUGGCUUUUCGUUUGUGAGCCAUUAUUAACUUAGCCGUUAUUAAGUUCAAGCUACGUGGUCGUAAGCAAGGAAUCUGACAUCGACGUCGAUACAAACUGAAGAAUACCAAACACUGAUGAAUCACUCUGGGAGUUUAAACGGAACUGCAAGUCCGACAAAAAUGAGUACAAAUGCGCCUACGCCAGACAGUAACCGUGAGUUAAUCUUUCAGAUUUUGCUCUACAUAAUCGACGUAGCAAUUAUCAUUGGAAAUUUGUUUGUGAUUUGGCUGGUGGUGAGAAAGAAAUCCUUACAUACCGUGACAAACAUGCUGCUGGUCUCGUUGGCCAUCUCUGAUCUCAUGGUCGGCCUCGCGGUUAUACCGUCGUUUGUCGCUUGCUUCCAUGUUAAAUGCGAUUUUGUACUGGCUAAAAUGGUCUACGAUUACUUUUUAUUUGUGUCCGUGGCGAACUUGUGUGCCAUAACAAUCGAUCGAUACACAGCAGUCAUGCACCCUCUGCGGUACCCGAACAAGAUGACUCCGUUGGCUGUUAUGAGAAUAAUAGCCAUGUCUUGGAUUAUACCGGCAAUCUUGUCAAUACUACCAGUUUCGUGGACCUAUUCAAAUACUUCGAAAGAUAAUCAAGAAGUAGCGAACAAAGUUUUCUACACGGUACAAGUAUUGUUCUUCGUCUUCACUCCGUGUUGUCUGAUGUUGUGGGCCUACUUCAAGAUUUUCAAAGAAGCAAUAAAACAAGCACGGAGAAUACACUCUGAGACAGGCUAUGGCUCGGAGUCUGUUAACGGUGGACGAACCCUGUCCCCUAGCGAAGCAAGGAAUGCGAUUAAAGUGUUCGGGACAGUCGUUGCAUUCUUUGUGUUUUGUUGGUCUAUAUCAGCUUACAGAACGUUUGUGAUCUAUUUCAACCUUUCCCAGGUGAAUCCGGACGUGACUCUGGCAUCGCGAGUGUUGCUAGUGCUAAAUAGUGCAGUUAAUCCUGUGUUUUAUAGUCUAUGGAAAAAAGAUGUUAGGCGAGAGGUUGAGAGGCUGUUCAUGGGACGGAGACGAAAUAGGAUAAACCCGGCUCCUAGUGCUAGUAACCCGUCAUUUAUUAUAACGCAACAAGCUGCCACACUGGGGAACUGAUAUUCACGAAAAACCUGACUUAUAGGCUUGGUCUACACUGUCAAAAUUCCUGUGUUCACAGUUGAAAAUGUGCGUUUGUAAAUCACAAAUUCUAAAUGUUUUGCAGUGAGAAUCACGUGUUAACCAUUGUUUUAGUUCCCUUCAAUAUUUCUACCAAAUCGUUU